UACUCGUUAAUUAGUGCUUUAUAAUACUCCACAUUGCCAUCACGUAAAGGAAACAGUAGAUACUCAAUACAAGUUAUCUUUGAUUUGCCAACUGUAAUCUGAUCUUCGCAUUUCCAUUUGCCAAUAUAUAUAUGUGUGAGUUCUAAAAAGAUUCCCACAUGCAACUCUUCUUUAUUCUUCCCUUCUGACUUUCUUCUUCACCAUCACCAUGAGUCACUCAGGAAUGGCAAGAACUUUUAUAUAUAAGACCAUUUCAGUUCAAAUUCAACCCACAAGCUGUCAGAGGCCUCGCCACUACAUGUGCCAGGUUUCAAUGGAUCAUCAUCAAACCGAGUCAUCGGGAUCCAUGGAGGGUUUACUUAAAUGUUCUGUUAAUUAUGUUCCUUUGACACCCAUAAGUUUUUUGGAGAGAGCAGCAAAUGUUUUUAGAGGAAGAACUUCUAUCAUUGAUGGACCCUCUGUGAAGUACACUUGGGAAGAGACUCAUGAUAGGUGCAUAAAGCUUGCUUCUGCUUUGUCUGAGCUUGGUAUUUCUCGUGGGGAUGUGGUUGCAACGUUGGCCCGAAAUGUAUACGCAAUGCAAGAGCUGCAUUUUGCAGUACCAAUGGCUGGAGCAGUUCUUUGUACAUUAAACACACGCCAUGAUUCAAAUAUGUUAUCAGUACUGCUCAGGCAUUCAGAAGCAAAGGUCAUAUUUGUGGAUCAACAAUUGCUCCAAGUUGCUCAAGGAGCACUAGAUAUUCUUGCUAAUGAAAAAGUAAUACCACCUCUUCUUGUUCUAAUAUCUGAAUCUGACAAUUCUUCUCCUACUAUGGUUAAUUUGAAUUCUCACGAAUAUGAAAGCCUCCUGGAAAGUGGGAGCAGAGAAUUCGCUAUAAGGUGGCCGGUAAGUGAAUUUGACCCUAUUAGUGUUAACUAUACUUCUGGAACGACAUCGCGGCCCAAAGGAGUCGUUUACAAUCACAGAGGUGCAUAUCUCAAUACCAUUGCUACAUUUAUGCUGCAUGAAAUGAGUUCAUGGCCUGUUUACCUUUGGACAGUUCCAACGUUUCACUGCAAUGGAUGGUGCCUGACUUGGGGUCUAGCAGCACUUGGUGGCACCAGCAUUUGCCUCAGACAGGUUUCUCCAAAACUCAUAUUUGAAAAUAUAGCAGAGCACAAUGUGACACACAUGAGUGGGGCACCAACUGUUAUGAACAUGAUUGUGAAUUCGCCCAUAAGUGACAGAAAACCGCUUCCUCACAAGGUUAACAUAAUGACAGGUGGUUCACCACCACCUCCUCAAAUCCUUUCCAAAAUGGAAGAACUCGGGUUUCGAGUACAUCACUUAUAUGGACUAACAGAGACAUAUGGUCCAGGUACAUAUUGUUUAUGGAAGCCUGAGUGGGAUUCAUUACCACCAAAUGAGAAAUACAAAUUGAAAGCAAGACAAGGGGUGCAACAUCUUUGUUCAGAGUCAGUGGAUGUUAUGGACCCUCUCACACUGGAGAAAGUACCAGAAGAUGGUAAGACAAUAGGUGAAAUUAUGUUUAGAGGGAAUACUGUAAUGAAUGGCUAUUUAAAUGAUUUAGAAGCAACCGAGGAAGCUUUUAAAGGCGGAUGGUUUCAUAGUGGUGAUUUGGCUGUUAAACAUCCUGAUGGCUACAUAGAAGUUAAGGACAGAUUGAAAGACAUUAUAAUUUCUGGUGGAGAAAACAUAAGCACACUAGAGGUGGAAAGAGUUUUGUAUAGUCAUCCAGCAGUUCUUGAAACAGCAGUAGUCGCGCGACCAGAUAAUCACUGGGGGCAGAUACCUUGUGCAUUUGUGAAGUUGAAGGAUGGUUCUAACAACGUUAGUGAUCAAGAAAUCAUCAACUUCUGCAGGGAUAACUUGCCUCAUUACAUGGCACCUCGAACAGUCAUAUUUCAAGAUCUCCCAAAAACUUCAACAGGCAAGAUACAAAAAUAUAUUCUCAGGGAGAAAGCCAAAGCCUUAGGCAGUCUUUUCUGAAUGAAAUGGGAAAUGACAUCUUUUUCCCUUUGAUGAUAGUCGGUUUCAAGUCUGAGCAUCAUUCUUCUAUUCCAUUUACAGUUUGGGAAUUUCUAGAACCGAACAGUUCUAUACAAUCUGUUUUUCUUCUCUUUGUUGUACAAGCUGGACAUGGUAGCUCUUUGCUAAUGAAGUUU